AUUGUGAUCAUUUCCUUUUGCUCGUGUGUGUGCGUGUGCAUGAUUUGUGUUCUUUUUGGUUUUGGUUUUUCUCGAAUUUUGAUUCACCAAUUUUUAUAUAAUCAUUUCAACCAUGGUCCAAAGAUUGACUUAUCGACGACGAUUGUCGUAUAAUACACAAUCAAAUCGAAGAAAAAUUUCGAAAACUCCUGGAGGUAAAUUGGUAUAUUUAUAUACGAAAAAAUCCGGAUCCGUAGCAAAAUGUGGUGAUUGUAAAAAUAAAUUACGUGGUUUAGCAUAUGCUCGUCCACGAGAAUUGACUCGAUUAUCACGACGACGUAAAACAGUUACCCGAGUUUAUGGUGGAACAAAAUGUGCACAAUGUGUUCGAUCACGUAUUGUACGGGCAUUUUUGAUUGAAGAAGAAAAGAUUGUAGCCAAAGUAUUGCGUGCACAACAAAAAACCGCAAAACCAGCAGCGGGUACUUCGGAUAAGAAAUAAAUUUUGUAAUCUAACAACAUAAGAAAUGAUUGACUUUUUUUCAAAUAAAAUGGAACAAAACAUUUUAAA